UCCGCGGUGGCGCGGGCAGGUGAACCGCACCGCGGGGAGCGGGGUCCCGGCUCAGCCCCCGCCAUCACUCGCCGGAGCGGCGGAGAGCACCGGCGGGGACGGGCGCUGAUCGCCGCGGUCCCGUCCGGCCGAUCCCGGUGUUCCCGUGCCCGCCGCCCGCCCCGGGCUCCGGUGCCGCCGGUGCCGCCGCCGCAGCGCCCUCUGCCGCCGGCGGGGGGAGGCGGCGGGCCGGGAUCGCGUGCGAGCGGGCAGCCGGCGGCUCGCCCUGUCCCUCGGCCGCCCGCCCGCCACCUGGAUCACGAGGGAAGCGGCGCCCGAGCAUCCUCCCCACCCCCGGCGCCCUCCGGCCCGUUCCCGCCGCCCGUUCCCGCACCUCCGCCCUGCGCCGCGGUCGGGGGCUUCUCCUCCUCGCCCGCAGAAACUUUGCACCUUCGGGUCGUGGAGGGGACCGUGGGUGUCAGAACAAUGAUUCCUCCAGGGGAAUGCCUAUAUGCUGGGAGAAAAAGGAGGAAACCCAUUCAGAAACAAAGGCCUGCAGUCGGGAAUGAAAAAUCGAAUCCUUCGAAGAGACACAGGGACCGUCUGAAUGCGGAACUGGACCAUCUGGCCAGCCUCCUGCCUUUUCCACCUGACAUUGUAUCAAAGCUGGACAAACUUUCCGUCUUGCGCCUUAGUGUCAGCUAUCUCCGAGUCAAAAGUUUCUUUCAAGCCAUUCAAGAAAAGCACUUUAAGAAGCAAGUGGGCCAAACAAUAAAAGAAGACAAUAUAUCUAACAAGACUGCUGUACAAGAAGGUGGACUUCUACUAGAAUCACUGAAUGGUUUUGCACUGGUGGUGAGUGCAGAUGGAAUGAUAUUUUAUGCGUCAUCUACAAUUGUGGACUAUCUAGGGUUUCAUCAGACUGAUGUAAUGCACCAAAAUAUAUAUGAUUACAUUCACGUGGAUGAUCGCCAGGAUUUCUGUAGACAACUGCACUGGGCCAUGAAUCCUCCCCAGAUGUUGUCUGGACAGCAACUACCAACAGAAACAGGAGAAGAAUAUAUUCUCAGUAAAUUGUUUAAAGCACAAGAGAAUGACAGCAUGACAACAGAUUAUUCUUCCUUCCUAACUCGCUGUUUCAUCUGUCGAGUUCGCUGCUUGUUGGACAGUACUUCUGGAUUCCUUACAAUGCAGUUCCAAGGCAAACUAAAGUUUCUCUUUGGACAAAGGAAAAAGUCCUCAUCAGGAACAGUAUUGCCACCUCAGCUGUCGUUAUUCUGCAUAGUGGUACCACUUCUGCUCCCUUCUGUGACAGAGAUGAAGAUGAAAAGCCUACUUGUGAAAGCAAAACACAAAGUUGAUGAUGCAACAGCAGCAAACACAAACUCCAGUUCAAAAGGCAGUUCAGGGCUGUGUGAAGCAACAGAAUUGUAUGGAAGGAACAGUCACCAUGAAGGUGCCACUUUCACUAAUGCGUUACAGAUUGCUGAAAACCAAAUCAAAGCAAAGAAUAAUGGAGAAAAUGGCAUUUCUCUAGUCAAAGUACAAACAAAUGAAGAUCACUGGGUCUGGGUUCAAGCUAACACUCAACUUCUGUAUCGAAGUGGUUGUUCAGAAUAUGUCCUUGCCCAACAGCAAAUGUUAAAGGAAGAAGACGAACAACUGAAGAUAUUAAGUGGUUUUGCCAGUUUGAAAGGAAACCUGGAGGGUCUUUCCCGUAACAGUGCCAUUGAAACUCUGGGCCAGUGGAAGCAUCUUAACUGGACAGCAGUAAAAAAUGAACAAGAUAAUGUAAAAGUGAAGUUUGAACCCCAUACUAACGGUGAGUGUUUUAUGCAAGAGGAACCUCUCAGUUCUAACACUUCAGUUUUAGGCAUCCAAAACAACUGCACCACAAACAGCAGCUGGAAUUUAAGAAACUCUACCUCUUGUUCUAUGAACCAGCGAAUGAACACGUGUUCAAACAGGAGAGCUGGAUCAUUCUACAACAGAGACCAAAAUUUCUUAAAUUUGGCAUCAACUUGUCCUUCCCACUGGGGAAGUGUAGAAAACAGCCCAUCUUACCCGGGUGUCCAGCAGCGUUGUGCAGAGAACUAUGUGACAGACCAUCUGAAACUGCAGAGACCGUUAAUAUCCUCAGAGUCUCUCUAUGACACAGCCGUUCCCUUGGAGAUGCCUAUCAAAAUGGAAUAUGAUUCUGAUUCUGAAAACAUUGCUGAUAACUACCUGAUGUCACAAAACCGAGCGUGGCUGGAUGAGAAUGGCUCGGUGAGAAAGCAGGCAUAUAGCUACCCCAGUAGAGUGCACCUCAAAAUGGAACCGGACCUCUGUGAGCCAGCCUUGCCUUGUCAGAAGCCAAGGCACUGCCUUUACACGCCACACAAUUGGCAGUGCAUCGUAGCAAAUCAUCCAAACAACCUAAACUUGAACAGAUCUUGCAAGGGUUCACGUAACAAGGAGGUGACCCCAUUUUGCCCUCAGAACUCCUCCAUGUGUCUGGAAAGCAUGCCCGACUUGCCACACGCAGCUUGCUAUGGCCAUUUCUACAGCCCCAGCCCAGGGGAGGAGAAAGAGCAGAAUAAUGAGGUGUUCAAAAUGCCGUGUGAAUUUAAAAACCCUUGCUUGGUUCAAGCAAUCAAGCGUGAGCCCCUGGAUUCUCCACCGUUGUCCAACAGUGGACAGAACAGAGUACAUGUGAGCUUCCCUGAAAAUACAUUAGCAGGUCCUGUGCCUCAUAAAACCACUGAAUGUACAUUUUUGCAAUAGAUUUUAUAACAUUUGAAAUAUUUAUAAUGUUAAAAGCAAGAAGUUGUAGAUUCUCUUCCAGUUGGGUUAAGAGUUACUAAAAUUAAAAGCCAAUGGAAAGAUUUUGAAAGUGUGUGUGCACCUGUGUGUGAGAAAAAAAGACACAGAUACACACAUCCUACCCCUGCUACCGCCCUUCUCUUAGUGAUCCUUGGAAAGAGAAAAGAAAGACAAAACCUCAGGCAGAGAAAAAUAAUCAUUACUUGCUGCACAGAUAUAUCUGAUAAUUUGUCUUUAUCAUCUUUCCUCUCUUGUCUACAGUGCAUUAUGAAGGUCUAGAAAUUUCUGUUUUCUGCUUUUGUCCUGUUUGUUUUUCUCAAGCUGAUGUGAUGCCUCUGUGCAAAUCAAAGAUGUUUAUGGUCUUCAGUGUGGCCAGUUUAGCUUAGGAGCUUUUGCUUUUUAAUGUUUUUUUUCUACUCUAAUAAGAAAGAUCAGCUACUCCUUCAUCUCAACACUGAAUUGAUGGCAAGGGCUUCCCAACAAAGGACCGUAUUAAAAAAACUGACUUUCAUAAAAUGCAUUAGAAAUUAUUUCUUUUCAAACUGAAGUUAUUACUGAGUUUUCUUGAUAAUAUUAAUGUUUUAGAAUCCAUAUUUUUCCAUUUUAAAGUAAUCAGACUUUCAUGUUGCUAUCUGAAAAACUGAACAAUGGGAUGUAAUCCACUUCUUUAAAUGAGUUACAAAAUGUUGUUAAAUGUACUUGAAAACAAAGUAUUUCUCCAACUGUUUCCCUUGUUUUUACUUGUAAAAUUAACAAAGGAAAUGCACUUUUUUAUUUGAUAGUAUCUAUUCGACUGGUAGCAGUUUGUUAGACAUCAUCUACAUCAAAACUGAAUCCCAUACUAAGAUUAUUUUCAAAAGCAUCCUAGUUUCAAUCCCAAAAGAAAAUCUUAAUCUCACUGAGGGCUAACUGGUGGAUGGAUACCUUUCAAAAGCACUUUGGUGCACUUUAGUGCUUUUGACAACAGAGUGUAUACUUUUCUUUGAACCCAUGUAGUAAUGUAUUUCCAAAACAAAAAAAAAAAAUCUACAACUUAUAUUUUGGGGUUUGUUGUUGUUGUCGUAGUUUGACUCCUGCACUAACUUUUGUUUUAAAAUUGCACUAUUUCAACUUUAUAUCAACUUCACCUGUAUAAAGACUACAUCAUUUAAAAAAUGCUUACAUGUAUAUGUGCUUUUUGAAAGAAGCCCUAUAAUGAAUGUUUUCUUUUUCAAAGUGUUAUAAAUAAUUAUAAUGUCUUCAUUUCUAUAUCUAUUAGUCACUAAGGGUGUGGCCAGAAGAGUGGCAUAAAAUUCUCCAAAAUGCUAUAAAUCUGUGGUAUAAGUGUAGUCUUCAGGUAGUGCGAUGGUUCUGCACCUAGGAGGCUGCUCUUCCCCAAGACUGUCUUUUCUGAUAGAAAUUUACUGCCUGUACUUUAGAGUUGGCAUAUAUAAAGAUACAUAUUCUCUGCACGUAAGCUAAGUGCUUAUGAACAGUUUGAUCAGAAGUGCUGCACUUUGCACUGAAGUGGAACUUCCUGAUGACUGUCCUGCACAAGGCAGUAUCCUAGCAGAAAGCAAGACUGGACAGUAAAGAGGGCAACAACAUCUUAUUGUAGCUCAAGUUAAAUCUGUCAUAGUCCAGCUGACCAUAUCCAAGCCAUGAGAAUAUUAGCUUUUUUGCGUUGGAGGUAAAUCAGUUCCCUAUUGGCUAUGUGCUGCCUCUUAUUUGAGACAGUCUUGAUCCUUGCCUUAGUACUCCCACCAGUGGUGCAAUGUAACAUCAGAACCCAUUCUGAAGCUGGACUGCAGUGGUGGAAUUUACACCACUCCAGUGCAUUACUGUUCACAUCACAGAAACCCAAGCCAAAUUGCAAAAGUACCUGUGGGGGAGAAAACUGGUUACUAAUGAAGAGUGAGACUGCCAUAAAUCAGCAUUGCUGCACAACCUCUGCCUCAUUGAUUCACUAUCUACGUAAUUAUGACCAUCUGUUCUUUUAGACUCUCAGAGUUGCUCUCAUAGUCCUUUGCUUGGCAUGCAGCAGUGGCACUGCUUAUGUCCUGGUGCCAGACACUCUGCUGUGGUCUCAUAGCUGCUGGUAGGGUUGUGCUAUGAACCAUGUAAUAUUCCCCAGUCCAGCUCUUUAUGCAGCUGUCUGGCAGAAAUGAGAUAAUGGGGAGACAGGGUAGUGUGGGAAUAGAUGACUGGGGGCAAGUGGAGGACACUUCUGCAUGACCGCUGAAAAGCUCCUUAUUUAAUUCCACAUGUGGAAUCACUGUCACGCUCUCCUGAAUGAGACUACCUGGGCUUUGUUUCACACUACCUUGAACCUUCUCUCGUCAUUUACAUUGAUGAAACAUGACUGUAGAACACUAUUACCUUCAUCUGGACAUGCUGGCACCAUUUUGCAUGAUGGGAGUGGUUACACCAGGUGCAAUUCUGUAGAGGACUGUGCCACUGAAUUACUUGUCUCUG